AGGUCGCUACUGGAGCCAACUGAGCAUGAGCAGUCGCCAUUAUUUGGGCUAUAGAUUAGCCUAGUGCUCCCAAUCUAGGCUAUCUGACUUCAUACCAGAAUAAUUUAAAUAAACCGAGCGAUAUUCGUCAUAGCGACUGACGCUAAAGGUAAACGAGUAAGUAUUGGUCCUGUAUGACUGGUUAGCUGAAGUGAUCGGCGCACAACUAAGAAUGACAGAGCAAAGGAGUGGAUAUCAGCAGUUGAGUAAUGAGGAAGAAGGGGAGGUUUUUCAACAAGCCACCGAGGCACCUCCACCUUACAGCAGCCUUGCAGCGAGUAACGCAGCUUUUUUUGAGUACAAAGAGGAUGAAGGCUUCCCCAAACCCCCCUCAUACAAUGUUGCCACAACAUUACCAUCAUACGACGAGGCUGAGAGGAACAAAGCUGAAUCCACUGUUCCCUUGGUCACUGACAGGGAUGAAGACUUUAUCGGCAGAGAUGGCUUUGACGAUACAGACCAACUGCGGGUCGGAAACGAUGGGAUAUUUAUGCUGACAUUUUUCAUGGCGUUCCUGUUUAACUGGAUCGGCUUCUUCCUCUCCUUCUGUCUGACCACCUCUGCUGCUGGUCGCUAUGGCGCGAUAUCUGGGUUUGGACUGUCCCUUGUCAAAUGGGUUCUGAUUGUCAGGUUUUCCACCUACUUCCCUGGAUAUUUUGAUGGGCAGUACUGGCUUUGGUGGGUUUUCCUGGUUGUAGGAUUCCUACUGUUUUUCCGGGGGUUUGUGAACUACUCCAGAGUUCGCAAUAUGGCAGAUCAUUCUAUGACUACGCUUCCUCGAACCCGAGUCCUUUUUAUCUAUUAGAUUUUUCCUCAGGAUAAUUGCAAAAUGAUCAAUGCAUUGAAAAAAAAGCAAGUCGCCUACAGCUCUCUGAAUCUUCUGGACAUAAAUGACAGCAUCUGCUUUCUACAGGCCUGCAUCUCUCAGUUGUUUACAUCAUACAUCUAAUUACAAUUGCGUUUUUACUCAAAUAUUUCAGUUCCUCCAACAACCUUCGGGGCUUCAUACCAAGUGCAGUCAUAUGCAUUCAUUUUUAGUUCUUAAAUUUGCACGUGUUUGGCAUUUUAGGUUUCCGUAACCAGUGAUGCAAAUUUGGUUUGAUGAAAUUCCCAGUAACACACAGUUUCUUUCUGUGAAUGUUUUCUUAAUUUGUGGGAAAGCUGUAAUUUUACUUUGUGAGUAAAUCAAGUAACUGAUCUUUCUUUUGUGGUUUAGAACAGAGUAUGUAUAUAAGGUGUACAAGAAGAGAGCUGAAUUAAACAUUAGGAAUGCAUUUAAGCAAAUUGAUAUUAACACAAAGCAACUGCUGGGUUCUUGUGACGAUAAAAUUAUCAAAAAUACUUAAACCUAUUUCAAAUAACUGUCAUGAAGUGGACCAAAACUGUAGUUAUUAAAAACAAGAUGAUUCUAGAUUAAUAACGUUUUUUUUUUUAAAGCUGAUUCAGCAUUCUAGCACAUUGAAAUAUAUUACGCGCUUAAUCAAUCAAUGAUCGGGUUUAAUCUAGAACAUUUUAUAUGCCAAAUGUAGCAGUAGAUGAAUUAUUGGUCUUUUUAUUUUUAUGGAAAAGUCCUGUCCAUGCUUCAUGUGUUUGUGAUUUCUAUGUUUUACACUUCGUUUAAUAAAUGUAACCUAUAUGGCAACACCAA